UACAGAUUUAAAGGUGUGGCAUAUAUUCUUUUAAGUAUACUACCCGCAUAUAUUGAUUGCAAAAUAUUGCAUUAUCAUUGGAUUGUCUUUCGAUCGUAGGCAGUGCCAGCAGCGCGUACAUCGUUGGGCAAAUCCUUAUUUAGUACGGUGAUGUCAUUUAACAAGGACAUGUGCAACAUCUUCGAUCGACAAUGCGCGCAACAAUACUCUUCGCCUCCGAUUAUUCCUUCGCGACUCUUUCAAGGUAUUCUUUUCCUUCGAUAAUACAGGGAGCCGAGUACAAUGUCAUCGAGAGGGCAGCACAUGAUCGUCUGUAAGAUCGUCCGGCUGGGCAGCGUGUCGCAUCUGCCGAUGACUGUUGGUGGAGAGCGUUGCACACGAUCGUUGUACCGCGUGCAUCGCGACUGACAUAGACUCGUUAGGUUUUCUCUCCAUCCGAUCAGGAUUAUGAAUUGACGCGCAGCACGACACCGGAGAGCCUCUCGCCGUCUAACCGGCCCCGUCAAGCUCCCUCUCGAACGACAAUUUCGUGAGUGUAUUAGAUAGGAAUGGAGUUUGGAGCGGGCGAUGUUGUCCAGAUAUCGGCAGAACUGGCCCGAGUGGUCGAGGUAAUAAUGUCGCCCAAUAUAUCUCAGCAGCAACGUCUGGAAGUAUACAAUGCUUGCGAAAGAUUCAAGGAGUCCUCGCCAUUGUGCGCCCAAUGUGGCUUAUAUCUGGCACAAAGAUCCCCGGACAGAAGCUCGGUAGUACGUCAUUUUGGUCUACAGCUAAUGGAACAUUGCGUCAAGUAUCGAUGGACUCAGAUCUCGCAGUCAGAGAAGAUAUUCAUUAAAGAAAAUGCUAUGAAAUUACUUCAAGAAGGCACUGAACCAUUGCUACAGGAAGAAGCGCACAUAAAAGAUGCACUGUCGCGGGUGGUAGUCGAAAUGAUAAAGCGAGAAUGGCCUCAGCAAUGGCCCACCUUGCUAUCUGAACUUAGUCAAGCCUGUACACAAGGUGUGAGUCAGACUGAAUUGGUCUUAUUGGUAUUUCUUAGACUAGUGGAGGAUGUGGCGCUUCUACAGACACUUGAAUCCAAUCAGAGGAGGAAAGACAUAUACCAAGCAUUGACUACAAAUAUGGCAGAAAUCUUUAGUUUCUUCUUACGAUUAAUGGAACAACACUUUUCGGAAUUUCAGAAGAAAAGUGCCUUAGGACAGACAUCCGAAGCUGCAGCACACAGUAAAGUCGUUCAAAUAGUACUGUCUACACUAACUGGAUUUGUCGAGUGGGUUUCUAUAAAUCAUGUGAUGGCUGAGGAUGGAAGAUUGUUGCAAAUAUUGUGCCUCCUGCUGGGUGAUCCUAUAUUUCAAUGUUCUGCCGCCGAAUGCCUACUCCAGAUUGUAAAUCGCAAGGGUAAAGCCGAAGAUCGAAAGCAAUUGAUGAUUUUAUUCUCGGAAGAGGCUUUGAAAUUUAUUUAUACGGCAGCUACCGCGCCACCGCCUCUUGCUGGACCUACGAAUUUCCACGAGAAUCAUUAUCUGUUUCUAAAGAAGCUCACACAAGUACUGACGGGCAUGGCGACACAACUUUGCACUUUAUGGGGAAAAGAUGACGCCUCCAACAUCCGGCCAACACACUUUCAUCUCUUUUUGGACACUACGCUUACAUUUACGAUGUAUCCGAGUCUUACGCUUACGCAUUUAGCGAAUACAAUCUGGGUAAUGUUGUUCAAGCAUGAACACAUCAAGAAUGAUUCGUUAUUACUGACAUAUGUUCCCAAGUAUGUGGAACACACGGCGCCCAAACUAAUUCGUAUCGCAUAUCCAUAUGGUAGACAAAGUAACGGCGUGACUACAUACUGCCUCGUUGAUUACGACUCUGAAGAAGAAUUCAAUGUUUUUUUGCAUCGCUUUAGAAUGGACUUGUUAGAAGGAUUUAGACACGCGACUAUGGUAGCGCCCUUAGUAACAUUCACAUAUGUGCAACAGUGGCUAACUGCAAAAAUUACCAAGGGUAUGGCGGAUUUGCAAUAUAAGAGUGAUCAAAAUGAUCGAGAGUAUCUCGAAUGGGAGGCUCUUGCACAAGCGCUUGAUUCUGUUGUCUCUAGAAUCUUGUUGAUCAAUGAGCGACCAAGUGUGCAGACCGGUUUGCAGUUAUUAGAACUUUGUCUAGGUUACUCGCCACAAGAUUCUUGGCUACUAUCCGCUCUGCUAUCUUGUAUAAGCGCGCUUUUCGUAUUUCUGUCGAUGUCGACCGGAUCGAUGGCCAUGCCGGGCGUCGCUAUUCUGCCGCGCGUCCUCGAAAAAAUCUUCGCCGCAUUGGUGUUCGAGGCGCCCGGUGAGAACGAACGCAAUCGCUCGCGUGCGACCAAAAACGUGCGACGACACGCGGCUAGUCUCAUGGUGAAGAUCAGUCUCAAGUAUCCGUUACUACUGCUGCCAGUAUUCGAGCAGAUACGCACAAUGGUACGAAAUUUGACGCAAGAACCAAGUCCAUUAUCUCGAAUGGAGAGUGUCAUGUUAUAUGAAGCAUUGUUGCUCAUCUCCAAUCACUUUUGCGACUACGAAAGGCAGAAUCGAUUUGUCGCGGAGGUGAUCGGCAACGCAUCUAACAAAUUUGUCACGCUGGGCACGGAAUGGUUCAAGGGACCGCAAGAGUUUAUGCAAUUCGUAGGAUUAGACAGAUCACCGGUGGAAAAUAUGCUAGAAGAUCCGGCUAGAUACAAUCGCAGUGAUCUCAUGAUGUGCAUUUGUACCGUUUUGAGUGUGGUCAAGCGAUGCUCUAUUCCAGAGGAUCCCGAUCGCGCAGCGAGAGGUGGCUUUGUUGCUGCGCUCAGCGAAAGUGGUAAUCCAGUCUACCGAAAUCCCGCUGCACCUCACGUCAUUCCCAUCUUACCAACGCUAUUCGCGCUGCUGCGAACGAUGAAUGCUCUUUUCACUCCUGCCGCUCUCCCUCUUCUUUCAGAGGGUUACAAAAAUGCUUAUGGACUUUUGGAAUCGGAAAAAGCGAAUCUGUUGGGUAUAAAUGUGACAAAUGACAAUACUAGUGAGACGGAUCAAACUUCGAGCAUUUCCCUGGUCCGAAUGCAAUCAUUUCUUAGCACAAUUCACGAUCAAUGCUACCAUAUGCUGGGCAGCGGUUGUCAUAUGAUCGGCCGAGAUUUCUAUCAGUUACCUGGAUUUGCACCAGCAUUGCUCAAUUCAGUUUUCUCAAACAUGGAGGCAAUUCCAGAUUAUAGAUUGCGGCCGAUUAUACGUGUGUUUAUGAAGCCAUUUAUAUAUUCCUGUCCGCCAGCUUUUUAUGAGAGUGUAUUAGUACCUGUAUUGGCUCAUGUAUCUACGCAUAUGUGCCAAAGAUUAAGCGCAAAGUGGCAAUAUAUUGCGCAUCUCUACGAAUCUGGUAGUCUGGACGAAGAGAACACCAACACACAGGAAGUCAUCGAUGACAUGCUCAAUAGAAAUUUGACCAGAGACUUUGUGGAUGUAUUAAAAGUAGCUUUAGUCGGUGGAGCUGCUAGCGACGCUGCGCCUCCAGAUACUAUGGAUCAGGAUAGUGGGGGAAUGGCUGUAGAUCCACCUCUUUCACGGGGAAACAGCAUCGUUGCCGAGGUCGUUAGCGAGCUAGGAGCAUUCAUUCUACGUCAUCCGUCCACCUGUCACAGCGUCGUCCUAUGUGUAUUAGGGGCGCUUGCGUGGAACGAUUCAAAUGCGAGUCUUAAGGCGACGAUGUUGACCGGACCUGUAGUACGAUCACUAGCAGCCGAUGGUAGUCUUACUCCUUCCAUGGCAGGACACAUUAUGGUCGCUGUUCUUCAAGGUUUACAAUUGCAUGGUCAACAUGAAGCUAAUCAAGGUUCCCUUAUUACUCUUGGCGCACAAGUCUACGAGUGCCUCAGACCCAAGUUUCCGAACAUCAUCGAAGUGAUGCAGCAAAUCCCAGGAGUCAAUCCCGCCGACUUGCAACGAUUCGAUGAGAAAAUGGCAAUAGUCAGCACAAAGGGCAACAAGGUUGAAAAGGGAAAAAAAGAUCUUUUCAAGAAAAUUACAAAUCAGCUUAUUGGCAGAAGCGUAGGUCAAUUGUUUCGCAAGGAAGUUAAAAUAGACAAUUUACCGCGAAUUGAAGUAUUCGGCAAACCUCAACAAGUGCGCGUGGAUGAAAUAUCAAAGAACGUCGCUGAUACGGGAAUAGCAACACUGUUCGCUGGGCCUACGUAGCAGACAGUUUUAGCGAAUCAUAUUUUACAUAGUUGGUCUAACUCAAUAAAUAAUUA